ACUUGCCUCAUACCAUUUCAUGCUUCUCAUCUCACCCUCCGCCCGCAUGCCCUUAUGCCCGUGGGCAUGAGAAACCAGCUUAUUCUUCUGCUCAGGUAGGCUGAUUCUGAUUAUUUGCGAGUCGUCCUCUUCUGUAGAGGAGAGUGAGUGAGUAGGUGAGUAAUUGGAUGAGUGAACGAGUGGUCGAGCGAUCAGAGUACAGAAGAAGACUUGUUUCGCGCCAGCUGAGUUCGAUUUGGGGAUUGUCUUCCUUCCUUCCUUCCUUCCUUCCUGCCUGCCUGCCUCUCGGAUUGCCUGCCAAAGGACAUUGGAGUUUGGUUGAUUGGGUUGGUUGAGCGGAUUGCAGGUCUGCAGUGCAUCGUUCAAGCACCUACCUACCUACCUACCUAUCCAUUCGAAAACAAGGGGCUAUCAACAAACGGAGAAAGACUUGGGAACAUUUUCACACGGUACGGGGUGUGAUUGCCUAUUACACGGACGGGACGAAUCAAAGGAUCAAUUGAAACAAGGGGUUAAGCGCUUAUCGUCGCUAUCCAUCAUGACCUCGCGGUUCGUCUCGGGCGGUAUCAUCGCGGGCGAUGGAGACAGCAGCACUCCGGAUGCGAAGGGAAACUCUGCGGAAGUGACCACGAAUACUACCACUAUUAUCACUACUAGUGGUGGUGGUGUUAAUGCAAAUGCAAAUCCGAAUGCGAAGGAAUGGGAAGCCGUUCAGAGAGAUUUGGAUGAAGAGAGAAGGCGGCGCGCAGAGGCUAGGAAGAGGGAUGUCGAAGGGGGUGGCGAGAAGAGUCUUUAUGAGAUUUUGCAGGCUAAUAAAGCCGCCAAACAAGCGGCCUUUGAAGAAGCAAAUCGCAUCCGGAACCAGUUCCGCGCGCUGGACGACGACGAGAUCGAGUUUCUGCACGGCGUUAGCGAUGAGAAGCGCGCUGAGGAGGAGCGCUUGAGGCGCGAGACGGAAGAGGGGCUGGCUAAUUUUCGGAAGGCCCAGAAGCUUUCUGGUGGUGGUGGUGGUGGUGGUGAUGAUGCUGUUAGUGCUGAUGCGGAAGCCAAUGGGGAUGGUGUGGUUGAAGAGUGGUCUGCUGCUGCUGCUGCUGCUGGAAGCAGGAAGAGGAAACGGGACAGAGAUAGGGCUGGGCUUAAAGGUGUGAAGAGGAGGACUAGCGUGCCUGAGGAGGAGAAGAAAGACGAGUCUGUGGCGAGGGAAAUGAAUGAGGUGGCUUCCGACAACCAGCCUACCUCGGCCUCGCAUGCCCAGCCCGGAUCUGCCGCUGCUGCGAAAGCUUCUACACAGUCUGCCAGCGCUGUCACGUCGGCGAUGUCGAAGCCGAAACCACCCUUGGGCCUUGUUGACUAUGGCUCAGAUGAAGAAGACGAAGAUGAUUGAGUGGAGGUAUGGAUGCGUGCGUCUAGUGAGACAUGGCAUCUCACAAUUACACAGGUGAUCAUGGUCGUAAUGGCCGUCAUGACUAUACCCACCUGUCUCGUCUCGUCGGUUUUUUCCCCAGAGGUAUCCGUGGACAGGGGAGUGACACUUAUUGUAUGCGGAUAUCUAAGACUGGUCUGGUUCAGGAGACGGCGGAUCAAUCGAGAGCUCCUCGUUGCUUGUUUUGAAAUUCAUUACUGGACGCAUGCCUAUAGGCACUUGUAAUCAAGUGUGUCUGGGAAUAGGGACGAGGUAGGAGAACAACACCAUUCAUACAAUGUAGAGAAUAGGUAUGUUGAUGAACUGAGUUGAUUUGACUCCUUAUUCAUUCAUGGUAUCUUUUCAGCGGGCUCGCCUUCGUGAUAGGGUCUCAUCUGCGUCAAUCAAUGUAUUAACUAUAGGAUCCGUCUAGUUCAUCAUCGAAAAUGCCGAAUGUGAUAGUUAUCUUAUUGCAGCACCAAUCUACGAGGCUACUGAGGUGGUUUCAUCAGACAUUCAUCAAUA